AUGAGAUCUGGAAGAGGCGCGGCGUACGCCUGUUCAGAAGGCGAAGGAAAUGCCCCCAAGUCGUGCUGUGGACGACCCCCACUUAGGCUUUGCGUCUUGUUCCUCGGCGUCGUGGGAGCCUGUCUAGUAGCCGCUGGGGCAGUUCUGGGUGCCCUAAGGCCACACCCGAGAGCACCCCUCACAUUACUGCUACUAAUGAUAGGUAUAGGAGUAGUGUUGGUAACAGCGGCAGCGCUUGCAUGGAGACUUGGUGCACGAGAUACCCCUUGUGCACUACUUGGGCUUCGACGAGCGUCCUGCCGCCGACUUGUGCCCCGACUUCCACCCAGCUAUGCACGACCACACCACCCAUAUGCAGCCAUGCUGUACCCCGAGUUCCAUUAUAGGCCACCGCCACCCACCUAUCAAGCUUCAAUGCAAGAGUACAGACUCAGGUUACUUCUUCUAGACAGAAGCGCACCCACGGUGUCCCCACCACCCACAUACAGAUCAAACUCAGCCAGUCUAGUCAGAGGAACGACAGGCGCGACCUGGUGUGGUUCCCAGUAUAGCGGCCCUCCUUCAUACCGAGCACCGCGAGCGGACCCUCCCGCCACUGUCACUGACGUUCCUUCACUCACUCCCAUCGACCUGAAAUAUGCGGAAGACACGAUCGAAUCUCUCCCAAAACCCACAGAACAAGAGAAGGACCCAGACGAGCAUCUCGUGACCAUCGUUCACACAGACGCACAGCCUGUCAUAGUGACAGUCUCCGGUUCACCAGCGCUGAAUGAAACCCAUAUUACUCAUACCUCUGAAAUCGAUAUUUUAGCACAUUUAUAA